GAUCAGCUUUCCAUCCAACGCAGGGGUCUACCUUUCCUCUGGGAAAUGUUUAUAAUAGAAAAGGCUCAACUGGGAUAUCUAUCAGCUUCUCCUGUACCUCUGGUGCGUAGUGGGGUUGACAACGGGCAAGGAUAGAAUGAGCUGGUCAUCUCAGGAUCAUGGAAAACCUGGACCCGAGGCUCAGGAAUGCCCCCUAUUUUUGUUGUGAGAAGGGAGACAGUUCUGUCCCUGUGUGCCAAAAGUGCGAAACAUGUGUCUUGGCUUGGAAGAUCUUCUCUACCAAAGAGUGGUUCCGGAGGGUCGGAGAGGUGCCCCAGAGGAGGUUUCUAGUGAGCAUCCUGGAGCAGCUGGAUAGCUUCUAUUUGCUGCACUAUUUUCAGAAUAUCCUUCAGACCACGCAGGGGAAGGAUUUCAUCUACAGCCGGUCCCGGAUCAACCUCAGCAGGAAGGAGGGGAAAAUCGUCAGGUCUUCCUUGAACCAGAUAUUGGAUAAAACCGUAAAACAGAAGAUGAGGGAGAUGCUGUACUGGUUUGGGAGAAGCACCCACCGGACCAAGGCAAAUUACACGCUCUUGCUGCUGCAGAUGUGCGAGCCCAAGCUACUGCUCAUGGCUGCCAAUGUCAUCAGAGGUCUGUUUCUGAGACAGCAGAACAGUGUGGCAGGCCUCGAUCAAGACACUAGUGAUGUGUUUUUCUUUCCUGAGAAAGACGACAAUGCGCAGUGUGAGACCUCAGAUGUUUUCUGGGCAGCUAGCACCAAGAACGCAUCCUUCCCUUCGUCCAGAGCUUCAGAAAAAGAAAAGUCGCUUGAAAACAUGGGAGUUGAGGCAUCUAAUACUGAAGGACAAUGGAAGAGUUCGAUCCAGUGUAUUUCCGAGAUGAAUAGGCUGUUUUCCAGAAAAGCAGACCUGUCGAAGGCAGAAUACACCCCCUCCGAUCUGUUGGUUGAUUUGGAUGUCGUCAAAGACCUGUCUUCCGGGGUUAGCAAAUACCGGGACUUCAUCCAUUACCUGCCCAUCCACCUCUCCAAAUAUAUUCUAAGUAUGCUGGAUAAAAACAACCUGAACAGGUGUGCCUCCGUGAGCCAGCACUGGGCCAUGCUGGUGCAGCAGGUCAAGGUGGAUCUGUCGAUGCAUACUUUCAUUCAGAGCCAUAUUACCUUCUUGCAGGGAUCCUACACAAAAGGAAUUGAUCCUAAUUAUGCCAACAGGCUUUUUGUCCCGGUUCCUAAAAUAACCGAUAACGGGAAGUGCAUGCGUGUGAAAAAUCAGAAAUGGAAACUGAGAAUAAAGAAUGACUACAACCUGUGGGCCGCAUACCAGAACCAGGAAACUCAGCAGGUCCAGAUGGAGGAGAGAAAUGUCUUCUGUGGGACUUAUAAUAUCCGCAUUCUCUCUGACACGUGGGAUCGAAACAGAGUCAUUCACUAUUCUGGGGGAGAUUUGGUUGCAGUGUCAUCCAACCGGAAGAUCCAACUUCUAGAUGUCAUACAAGUAAAGGAGUUACCCAUUGAGUUCCGUGGCCAUGCUGGGAGUGUCCGCACCCUCUUCUUGUGUGAGGAGGAGAACUUUCUACUAAGCGGGAGUUAUGACCUAAGUAUCAGAUCCUGGGAUCUGAAAAGUGGGGCUUGUAUACGAAUCUUCAAUGGCCACCAGGGGACAAUCACUUGCAUGGAUUUAUAUAAGAACAGGCUCGUAUCUGGAGCAAGAGAUUGCCAGGUGAAAGAGUGGGAUGUAGAGACAGGGAAGUGUCUGAAGACAUUUAAACACAAAGACCCCAUCUUGGCCACCAGGAUCAAUGACACCUACAUCGUGAGCAGCUGUGAGCGGGGCUUGGUCAAAGUGUGGCACAUUGUCAUGGCCCAGUUGGUAAAGACUCUCAGCGGCCAUGAGGGAGCCGUGAAGUGUCUGUGCUUUGACCAGUGGCAUCUCCUCUCAGGAAGUACUGAUGGCCUGGUCAUGGCCUGGAGCAUGGUGGGAAAGUAUGAGAGGUGCCUCAUGGCCUACAAGCAUCCAAAGGAGGUGCUCCACGUGGCUCUUGUCUUCCUCCGGGUCAUCAGUGCCUGUGCAGAUGGCAAGAUCCGCAUUUACAAUUUCCUCAAUGGGAACUGUCUGAAGGUGAUGAAAGCCAACGGCAGAGGUGAUCCUGUGCUGUCCUUCUUUAUUCAGGGCAACAGGAUGGUGAUCAACACGGAGAGCAAUAUUCUCAUGUUCCAGUUUGAGAAUGUAAAGUGGCAGUACUCCCUGGACCAGGCCAAACAAAAGAAGAAGGAUAAAGAGGAGGACUGGGAAGAAAAUGGCCUCACAGAAAUCCCCUCCAGGUCUAGCAUUCAGGCUUUCAGCCUGAGGGACUCGAUGUCCAGUAAACAAACUGUGGCCCAGGAGUCCCUGUUAAGUAAACCAUACAGGUCACGAGUUCUCCUGAGGGCCGCCAGGGUACCUACAGAAGUGUUAUUAGAGGGACCUCCAAGUCAAGGAAGGUCAAAAUCACCCCAAAGAGAUGGCAAGAAGAGAGCGAGUCCUCUUUCUAAGGAAGCAAAAUCCCUCGGAGGACAUACAACGAAAGAGGAUGAGGAGAAAGUACCACCUGGAGACUUGAUCAAGCGCUCAAAGAAAAAGCAUUGGCAAAUCCCUAUGUCGGCGGACCAGUUCCUUCUGACGGUUAAUGCCCUGCAGCAAGUCCAUAAUUCAGGGGAGUUUGCCUAUCCCCGGAGGCCCCAAACCCAAGUCAUUGAUGCCUGGGGACCUUCAAUUUCACACCCAAGGAAGGUCCUGAGUUUCAAAGGAAAAUCAAUCCAACAGGCAGUUGAUAGGUUGAGGUGGAGUAACCCUCCCAUUGACGUGACGCAAACCAGUAUUCCCUUGGAGACCCAGAAACUGCAGCCCAACUUGAAGAACUCUUUGCACAGUCCCCGAGUCCAGUCCACUAUACCCCAGCCUGCGAUUAUCUGCCCCAGAUUCGCAGUCGCCCUCAAGGAUGAAGGCCAAGAGACCGGCUCCAUCAACAGGACAGUGCGCCCCUGCAGCCCGUUAACCAGCCUGCAGGUAAUUAAACCGAACCGCAUGCUGGCUCCACCCGUGGACAGGAGAACCAAGUCUGUCAAGAAAGAACGACCUCGCUUCUACACGACCCUUGAUCCCUUUAGAAUGAACACCAAGUUCAUGUUGUUGACCGUAAAGGAGGAGAAGGAGUAUGGGGAAGCCAAGAUGAAGGAGUUUCAGGCCAGAAAGCCCAGUGAAGUGGUCAAUCCCGAAAAAGCCCGCAGAGCUGCCUGGAUCAGGAAGAUCAAAGGCCUGCCGAUAGAUCACUUCAUGAAGCAAGGAAAAACAGCAGCCCCGGAACUGGGACAAAACGUGUUUAUCUGAACCAGCCUUGGGAAAUGAACGUCUUACAAUAAACAGAGAACCCAAAUG